GCCGAUUUCUGUCCUUCCUGACCAGUCGCCCGCUGGAAAAAUGAAAAUGGAGUCUUGGGUUCCUCUUUUCAAUAUUUUCUUGAACUCGACAUGCCCAGAAACCGACGCCUCUCUGUGGCUCCAACAAUCUUUCAAGCUCGCGUCUCCAUCCAUAUCAACAACUUCUUUCAUUUCACUACUUACAAGGAAUAUUGACGUCCAUAUCGUAGACCCUUCAUCUCCAUCAAACCACACAAAAAGUGUUAUGUGGAUAAGGACGCUGCCCGAUGCAGUUCAAGCUCGCAUACUGUCGUUUCUUUCAUAUGAGAGCGGAAAGUUCCGUAAAAGAGACCUGUGUAGUCUGGCUGAGAAGACUUUGCGUGACGGAUUGGAGCUUGAUUUCUGGGUAAAGAGCGCUGCACAGCAGCUGCUUGAUGUUGUGUCUGACUCAAAAUGUGAGUGGGCUUUUUGCUCAGAAUUGGAGGAUGAAUUUGGAUCUUUGCCGGCAUGGCUUAAAGAUGUUGCUGGUAAGAGUGAUAAGGUUCUUCCAUGGCUGCCAAUAUCGCGGAAUGAACUCAUUUCAAGAAUGCAAUUCAGCAGUUCCAGUGAAAAUGAUGAUUUGGUUGUUGAAAUUGAAGAGGACAAAGAAGAUAACUCAGAUGAAGUAAUGGAAGAAGGCAGCGUCAGCUCUUCUGAAGAUGAUGCUUCUUUAGAUCCCGGAGUGGAAAAAAUGGCAGCUUGCCUGAAAAUCAAGAUACUGAACUCUGAAUCUACAUUUCAUACAAUAGAAAUGGCCAGGGAAAUACAACGGCUUACCAAAGGAGGAGGGAAUGAUGCUUUGGCGAUUUUAAGCUUGAUUGAACCCUGGAAGGCAGAUGAUGAGACAGUCUCUAUUCUAAUUUCCCACCUGGUGGGUGAAAAGGAAGAUGAGCAUGUUUGGUCGAGUUUUAUUCUCUGCUCAUUUGUUCUUCCCAAACUUUUAGAGCUCCACGAACCUGCAUCUCGGGUGCUAAUAACAGCAAUUGUGGAAUACUGCAAGGUUUAUCAUAAAGCGGCGGAGUAUGCUCUGUUGCUUCCAUUGAUGCUAAAAAAUGGAGGCAUAAACAAUCCGAUUUGUGAUGUUAUUACCAGGAUUGUGAAGGAAUGCUUGCACCCUGGUCAGGCUUCAUCCCUCUGUCAGAGACUCAUAUGUGAACAGGAAGUUGACCCUAAGUUAAUUUGCCUUCCGUGUCACCAAUGUUUGAUUGGCAGUGAAAUGGUAUGGACAGAAUCAUUAUUUGUUUUGAUGCAAAAUAUUCUAAACCAUGACAUUCCUUUGACUCAAGACUCGGUCGACCGAUUGGUUUAUUGCGCUUGCGAGUGUGCCCGAAAGUUCUCCAAGUCUUUGAAGUUCUGCAACUUUUUGUUAUGUUUGGUAAACAAGUGUGGACAUCUGUUAAAAACACAGAAAGUAGCUUUGAUGGAUGCUGUUUCACAUACCAGCACACUUGUAACAAAAUCAAUACUAUCAAAGUUAUCUUCCUUGUGAAUGAUGAUGCUUUUCAAACCAUGUAUAGCUAUUGGACUUCCCUUCUCAUCCUUUCUCCAAGAACGGCAUGAUGUCGGGCUGUUUAAUCUAAGAUCACACCGUUGAGAGUUUUCCCGAUCUCACACUUUAACCCCAGUACCCCACCAUAGCUGUAUGGUCUCAGGCCAGAUGAAUAAAAGGGAUAAAUAAUGACAAAAGAUAAGGUCUACGCCUUCUAUUGAUAUUGCUAUCACCGUUCAAAGUUGCUGUCAUCUUUUUUGUUUAUUACAGACACACAUAUAUAUCUACCCUGUUAGAUUCAUUAACAAAACAUCUUUUUGGUAAUGUGUCUCUCUCUAAGUGUGCAUGUGCAUGUUUGUCAUCCACUUCUAUUGUCAUAUAGCAUAGCAGAGUAACAACUUGAAGUUCAAUUACUCGCUCACUCUCUUAUACUUUUCCCUUA